UGAGUGUGGUAAGUAUGGGCAUAUGAAGGAAAAUUGUCCUAGUAUAAAACCAAUGCAGGUUAAUCAGCCUUAUUCUGUUAAUCAGCAAGGUGCUGUUGUUGGUCAUGAGCUGAACCGUGAGACUUACAAAAUGCCUGAGAGUUUGCCUGUCAAUCCCGCUGCUACUGAGGAUUUUGGGGAUUGGAUGUUGGUUCGGAGGGAUCGACGUAGGGAUAAUCGUCAAAGUAUCAGGCCUGGGCCUAAGAGAGUUGACAGAGAUGAGGUUCGAAGGGUAGUUGCAGAUGGGUCUACGGGAAAUCGUUUUGACUCUUUACUUAAUUUAGAGGAUGAGGUCAUACCAGAGGAGCAGAAUAAUGGUAGUUUGGGCACUCAGGAGAUUCACAUGGCUGUCCAUGAUGAGCGUCCUAGCAACCGGGCAAAUAAUGUAGUAUCUAGGGGAGGUGGAAUCCAGAGAGGGAGUCGUGGUGGUAGAGGGCUGUUUCGUGGAGGACGAGGAGGUCAGGCUGUGGCUAAUAAUGCUAAUGUCGAGAUAAUUCCAUCCUCUACUACGACUUCUAGGGAAGUACGACCUAAUACUAGAAUUGGAUUAUCAAGGAAAGCAGCGGCAGAGGUUGAGCAUACUGUAGUUGUUGGUAAUGGGAAGGAGAGGGUAGAAUCUUGGGUUGUUUCUUCUGAAGAUCAGGUGGGGUUGAGUGUCUUGAAUCAUGUGCCUCCAAAUCCACCAGGUUUUCGUAACCCAUCUUUCCCUCAUCCGUCUAGCCCGAAUAUUGUCCCUGGACAGAAGACAGUCAAUGGGAGUGAGGAUGAUGUCACGUUGAUUGUGGCUGGGACAAUUUUGAAUGAGUUGAAUAAGGCGACUUCUGCUAGUUUGGUUGCUCCUUUGGAGCACCAACAGCGUAUGUGAUACCCUUGUGAGAUUAAUCUGAUGAUGCUCUUUUUAAUAUUUAUUUUAAUGAUAAUUAUAACCUGGAAUUGUCAUGGUGCAGCAUCAUCUACUUUUCGCAACGCUUUUCAGGAAUA